AUGCCGAAACGAAAGCGUGGUGUAGAACAUGAAGUGCGCGGCAUCUUAGAAAAGUUUGAGACCAAAGUCUUCAGAGCGUUGAAGGCUUCCAAAGGCUUUGAAAGGCAACGGCAGAGUAAAAGACUGCGAGAACCGGAUGUCACUCCUGGCAAGGCUCAACGUUUGGAACGAGAAAUUACCGUGUUAAAGUCUCUGGAUUUGCACCACAUUGCCCGCACACACUUGUAUCUAUCGCUGCUCAAGUUCAAAGCCAUCGCCACUUCGCCUGAUCUUCCCGAAGAAUUGAAACGUGGUGUAUCCAAACCCGACUUACCUCAAGAAGAGCAGGUUGCGUUUCACAAUGUAACGAGCGGUUUAUACAAUAGGGAUCUUGUGAAGCAGGCCAUUCAUCAGGCUGUUCAAGCCAUGUGCGUCGCCUUGAAUGUUCCCGUUCCGGAGCGCUCAAGUCGAUCGCGCAAAGACACACGUGCGGCACAAGAAGCGGGAGCUUCAAGUACGAAAGAGGUUGUGGCGGAAGGACCAGAAUCUGCGCAAGACGAGCAGAGCAUCGAGCAUGAUGGAAAAGCAAAACCCGAGGUGUUGAGCGGCGAUGCCAAUGAGCCAGGAUCAGAUCUCGGGAAGCCAGUCAAUGUUGAUGACGGUCAGGAGGUGACUGAGUUUGAUGAGCUGGGCGAAUUGCUUGGAAGUUCCUCUGACGAGGAGGAGGAGGAUUGGAGUAACCCCAAGUUUGCCCAGCUUAGGGGCAGGGAAACGGUCAAUUUGGAUGACAUUUCACUUUCUGGCUCCGCGGAGGAGUCGGGAAUGGAAUCUGACGAGGCACCGGGGGAUUCUCACUCGUCAUCUCCCCCACCUGACAAGACCCAAAGCAAGGAGAAGGGCAGGAAAACGGGCACGAAGCAAGCGCAGCCAGGCCACUCGACAUUUCUUCCGUCGCUCAUGGGAGGCUACAUUUCUGGUUCUGAAUCGGCCUCUGAUAUCGAGAAAGCGAAACCCAAAAAGCGUCGCGGGCAGCGCGCGCGACAGGCGAUUUGGGAAAAAAAGUAUGGCUCUAGUGCUAGACACUUGCAGAAGGCCGACAAGAAAGGUGGCAGGGAUCCUGGCAGGGAUUCUGGCUGGGAUAUGCGCCGUGGUGCUGUUGAUGGAGAUGGUCAAGGGGGGAGAAGGAGGCCUUGGAAGGACGGGAUCGAGACUGCUUUGGGAGCCAAGAGCAGCCGUCAAGGUGAAGGCUCGGCGUCCUUGAAGCCCAGCAGAAGAGACGACGAAGGGACAUUGCAUCCAAGUUGGGAAGCUAGGAAAAAGGCCAAGGAGUCACAAAAGACCGUGGAAUUCACUGGCCAGAAAGUGGUUUUCGAAUAA